AUGUCUACCGUUUUCACCCUCUUUGGCAUGAACGUUGUACACGACAACGCCAAGUCGUUACCACCCCGUUCACAACCAAGAACCUAUUCCGAAUACGUGGACUUUCUCAAACAACAACUCCAUUCCCCCAGUGCCAUCACGCCCGAAUUGCCACGACAACCCGAUUCGACCGUUCGUAUUCAAUGUCAAGUGCGCGCACGUAUUCCCACCAAUGAAGGAGGUGAAAUGUACUUGUAUUUGUACAAGAACAACCAAGAUUCCAAAGAGCAUCUAGCUAUUGUGUAUGGUGACGAUAUCCGAUCGCGAUCGCUGGACGAGACGUGGAAGAAUGAGACCAUCAUGAAUCGCAUUGUACGUGGUGCUUACUAUGGCCGUUUGGAGGAGGUGGUGACCGACCAGUGUAGAAACCUAAAUUUGACCGAGGAUCAAGAACGCUACUUGCUUGAACAACAGGCCAAAGCCAAAGCUGCCUAUCAACGAUCAUCGGAUCCACCGCUUGUACGCAUCCAUUCCGAAUGCUUUACAGGAGAAACGGUUCAUUCAGCACGAUGUGAUUGUGGUGAACAAUUGGAUGAAGCUAUGCGAUUGAUGCAAGAAGCUGGACGUGGUGUUGUUGUCUAUUUACGACAAGAAGGUCGAGGUAUUGGAUUACUUGAAAAGUUAAAGGCCUACAAUUUGCAGGAUCUUGGACAUGAUACCGUUGCAGCCAAUGUCCUUCUUAAUCAUCCACCCGAUGCGCGGACCUACGGCAUUGCCAAUGCCAUUCUCAAGGACCUUGAUCUCACUCAUGUCAAUCUCUUGACUAACAACCCCGAUAAGAUUGAGCAAUUGGAAGCUUAUGGAUCUAUCAAGGUAUCCGAACGACGACCCAUGAUUCCUCGAUCCUGGUCAUCCACUCCCAUCUCUCAUGCCGAUCUGCUACGCACACCAUCAUCCUCGCCCGCAUUAAACGCCGCCAGUCCCUUGGGAGGAAAGGAAUUAGACAAGUAUCUUGCUGUCAAGGUCAAAAAGAUGCGACAUUUAUUAGAUUUGCCAGAAGGCAUGUAG